UUGUCGCUUCAAAUGGGAGGAGUUUUGAGCAAGCUCCGCCCCCCGCAGCCCGCCCCCGAUCCGGAGGCCAGGAGCCGGCGCCCACCGGCGCGCCAGGCCUUCCUCGCAAGCCGCGCCCGCCCCACGAGCCCCGCCCCGCCGGCUCCAUUUGCCCGGCGUGAUCGCAUUCCCCCGUCAGUCCCCACUCGUUUCCUCGAGUCCCCUCGGAGGCCUUCCCACCGGGUCUGUGGGACUUCACCACACCACUUUGGCAUAACAUGUCCAAGACGAUACCCAAUCCAGCAGACCCAGUAUUCCUGUGUGCUUCCCACGCUGUGCUGGAAUGGCGGUCACAGGAAGCAUGUGCUGUCUCGUGGUCAUUCCAGAGUGGUGUGCAGGUCUUCGACAGUGAGGAUCGCUCCUCCCGGGAGCAACCUGGCUCGUUUUCCAAUAGCAGCGCAGAUCCCUAAGGCCCCAGACCCAUGGUCAAAGGAGGCUGUUCUGCUUGCCCUCAAACGUUGGAAGAGGAAGAAAAGGACAGUGGAGGAGGAGGAAGACCAAACAUCUGCUGCUGGUCAGGAGGAUAAAAGAAGGUGCCAUGACAGCAGUGGGAGAGGCCAUUCAGCUUUUAAGCCCGAGGUGGCCAACGGAGUCCCUGCUGCUUUUGUGCCUGAGCCUGGGCCUCUGAAGAGAGGCCUCAGUUCCCAGAGCUCAGAUGGCGAGCUGCGUAAGAGAACCUGCACCUCUGCUGUGAGCUGCUCGAAGGGCACAUGCGCAUGUGGCAUCCGUAUGUCCAGCUGCAAUGCCAUGACCAGUUCCUACACUUCUACUGGAGGCAUCUCUCAGAGAAGAGGAUGGUCCUCAGGGAUCUGGCUCUUCUGCUCCGCCGGUAAACAAGGAGUCCCAGGGAGAACAGGCAACACCCAGCAGCUCCCAGCCAUGCAGAUGCAAGUUUCCCCUGGUGCCCUCCAGCCUCCAGCUCCCUGGAUCAGCCACUCGAUCACGGUCGAAGAGUAUUACCAGGAGAAGCAAGCUCAGUCACAGUGGCUGAAGAGGAUCUUCGAGGAUAAGACUGAAUCUGCUGCAGUGGCAAUGUUGGGUGGGAAGCGUUGUACCCCUGGCCUUCUGGGCUCUCUUGGCUCUUCACAGCCAGGGCCCCUCCCCAGCCCCUCCCCAGACUCCAGAUACACAGCCCCUUUCUCGGGGCUGACCCCUGCCUCUCCCGCAAUACCAGCCAGUGACACCACCAAAUCACCUCCAGCCUCUCAGGCUGAGACAUCUGCCAAACCCCAGGCCCCGCCUGCCCCAAGCCCCACCCUGAAGCCCAGUGUUCUCUUUGGAAUGCCGGGCAGACCACCUGCUAACCCUUCUGCCUGGGCAGCUCCUGCUGUGUCUUCAGCACAUCCCAUGUUCAAGCCCAUCUUUGUGGCUCCACCUAAAAGUGGGAAGGAGGGUCCUGUGCCAUCCAGCCAUUGCCAAGUCACAAAGGAGGCAUCUUCCAGCUCUGCCCACACCCCGACUACCAGCAGACUGCCCCUCACUUUCAGUCCUGUUUUUAGCAGCACAGGGCUACCUACAUCUUUGCCCUUGUCAACUCCUUCCUCCUUCAGUCAGACAACUACUUCAGACACUAGCAUGAAUACCCCUCUGUUCCCUGGCCUGGCCAGUGUCAGUGUCCCCUCAGCAGUGGCUUGGGGGACCACCACCGGCACAGCCGCAGACUCUGCCCGGAAGCCUGUCUUUGGCUUUGGUGUGAGCAGUGUGACCAGCACUGCGAGCAGCAUGACCAGCCCCACUGCUUCCACUGCCCAGCCUAUCCUCUUUGGGUCCCCCCUUGCCUCUGCUGCCAUCUGCCCAGCCAUGGGCUCCAUACUCCAGUUUGGCACUCUGGCCACACCUGCUCCAACAACAGCCAUCACCUUCAGCCAGUCCCUGCCCGGUGCCAUCCAGACAGCUGCUAGCAGCAGCACAGCCAGUUUCGGUGGCUUCAGUGGCACCCUCAUGACCUCCGCCCCCAUCGCCCCGAGCCAGCCUGCACUGACAUUUAGCAGCACUACCACCCCAGCCUUCAACAUUCCCUUUAGUUCCGGCACCAGGCCCCCCGUCCCAUCCUAUCCCGGAGUCACCCCACAGCACACGUUUGGAGUCACUGACAGCAGAUGGGGACUGCCAGCCAGCACUGGCCCCCAGCUUCGGCAGCUCCUUUCCUUUCGGAAGCCCAGCCAGCCUUUGGCAGCACUGUGUGCCACCACCUCAGACUGUGAAGCUACGACCCACACCACCAGCAGCAGUGGCAGCACAACCUCAUCACACUUCACAUCUGGGGUGUCAGCAGGCCCUGCUGGCAGCGGGGACUUUCGGAUGAGUGUGUCAGCCCCCCACAGCAGCUCCACCACUGGGGCAUUCGACUUUGUGGCAGCACGGAGUGGGAGAACUGGUGGCACGGCCCAUUUCUUGGGAUGCUUGAGUCAGAACUCCCUUGGUGCAGCUGGCCAGAGCACACUGUUUGCCUUCUACAUGGCCAGCACACCUCAGAACACAUCUCAGCUUGCAGCCCUUCCCGUGCACCCCCGACAUUAUACAUGCUAA